AUGCGUCCAACAAAGUCUUUCGAGCAGAAGGUGGAUGAGGCUAAGCCUAGCAAGAGUGAGAUCAAUUGGAUAGUCAUGGACUACCUUGUUUCUGAGGGCUACCCUGCUGCUGCCGAGAAAUUCGCCGAAGAAACCAAUAUCAAGCUUCCUUCUGCGCCGCAAGACAUUCGAGAGCGAGUACUCAUCCGCAAUGCCCUUCACGCUGGCCGUGUUGAGGAGGCGGUGUACAUGAUCAACGAGAUUGAUCCCCAGAUACUCGACGACAAUCAUCCUCUUCAUUUCAAUCUCAUGCAGCUCCAGCUUAUUGAGCUGAUUCGGCAAAUUCUCGAUCAUCCUGAUAAUGCGAAUCCUCAGCGAGCAUUUGCGUUUGAACCUGCCAUUGUAUUUGCGCAGGAGCAACUGGCGCCUCGCGUUCCCACUGGGAAAAUAUAUCAGGACGCACUCGAAAGAACGAUGGCCCUGAUGAUAUUUCCUGUGGACAAGAUGCCAUCGGAGGUCGCCGUGCUUUUGCACACCUCACUCCGCUCCAAGGUUGCGUCCGAUGUAAAUCGCGCAAUAUUGCAGAACAGAGGCCAACGGGAUGAAGCCAAACUUCGCCAGCUUGUGCGCGCUAGACUCUGGGCAGAAUCUGCUGCACGGGAGGCAAAGAUCGACUCUGUUCCAGCUGGAUUGUCGCUUGGUCUGGGAACGUCAUCCGUAGGAGAUGAUGCUAUGGUCACUUGA